AAGCAGCUCGGGUGGUUGGCUCUUCCUUCUCGGGCCUGCCCUGCCUUGCCUUCCCCUUUUGCGUUCUCCCAGCGGGGUCUUUGAGACGUGCGCCUCCUCCGCGGGCCAUGGAAGUCGGAAGGCAGGCACGCGGGCCGCCGAGCGAAAGCCAGGCUGCGGCGAGGAUGAGCGGGAGGUGCGGGCGGUUGAAGCCCGUGUCAGAACCGUUAGCCGUCUACUCGAUGGUUCUGCUGAUGUUGGCGGCCACGAUGUCCGAGGAGGCGGGGACCGCCGAGGCUGCCCAGAGCUACGGCUACGGCGACGAGAAGUGCCACUACUAUGCCGGAGGCGAGGUGUACCCCGGCGAGGCAUCGCGGGUGCCCGUCAAAGACCACUCGCUGCACCUCAGCAAGGCCAAGAUUUCUAAAACAGCACCUGACUGGGAAGGAACAGCUGUCAUCAAUGGAGAGUUUAAAGAGCUGAAGUUAACAGAUUAUGAAGGAAAAUAUGUUGUUUUCUUCUUUUAUCCUCUUGAUUUCACAUUUGUGUGUCCAACGGAAAUAAUAGCAUUUAGUGACAGAAUUGAAGAAUUCAGAGCAAUUGAUGCUGAAGUGGUGGCUUGCUCAGUAGACUCACAGUUCACUCAUCUAGCAUGGAUAAAUACACCUCGAAAACAAGGAGGACUUGGACCAGUGAAGAUACCUCUUCUUUCUGAUUUGACACACCAGAUUUCAAAGGAUUAUGGAGUUUAUCUAGAAGACCAAGGACAUGCUCUUCGAGGUCUGUUCAUUAUUGAUGACAAGAAAAUUCUUCGACAAAUAACAAUGAAUGAUCUUCCUGUUGGCAGAUCUGUGGAUGAAACCCUUCGUCUAGUACAAGCAUUCCAAUAUACCGACAAACAUGGAGAAGUUUGUCCUGCUGGCUGGAAACCAGGCAGUGAAACAAUAAUUCCAGAUCCCGCAGGAAAGUUGAAGUAUUUUGGUAAAGUGAACUGACUGCUUUCUUUUAAGCAUACAACUUACAACUAAAAAGUUACAAAUAAAGUUCCAUUAAUUUUGUUAA